AUGGAUGACCAUACUGAUAUCAAGGCGUGCAUUCUACGUCUCAACAAGCAACUGAACUCUUUAGAAGUGGAUUUAAAUAAGUUAACAGCCAAACCGUUGGAUGAACAAUUAUUGCUACUCAACGAUGAAAGAGCCAAGUUGGAUCUGACCAACAAAUAUGCAUAUGUUUUGAGUUCACUGAUGUUUUCAUACAUGAAGAUUUUGAACGUCAAGGAUAUGUCACCUAUAAGGACAGAACUUGCCAGAGUUAAGAGCUACAUGGACAGGGCCAAGGCUAUCGAUAACAGGGGCUCAAAAGAGAUAGAACGUCAGCAACAGGAGCAGGAUCGUGCGAAGAAGGUAAUAAAGAAUGCCCUAGAUGGGAGACAGCAGGGACCAGCCAUCAGUAAAGUUAAUUUUCAAGGAAAGCACACAAGGUUUGAGAAUGGGUCAAAAGAUGAUGACAAGGAAGUCAGAAAAGAGCAGGAUUCCAUUGCCCGCGAGGUAUCACAGACGAAUAAAGAUGCCAAAAAGGUCAGGUCGAAUACUCAUAAAGUAAGUAAAAAGAGAAGAAACUGA